AUGUGGCUCCGUGCUCUGCUCUGGGCUUCUUUUGCUGCUUGCCCCAUUUGGGGACACUCAUCCUCACCACCCGUGGUGGACACAAAGCAAGGCAAAGUCCUGGGGAAGUAUGUCAGCUUAGAAGGAUUCGAAAAGCCUGUGGCUGUCUUCCUGGGAGUCCCCUUUGCCAAGCCCCCUCUUGGAUCCCUGAGGUUUGCUCCACCCGAGCCUGUGGAGCCCUGGAGCGUUGUGAAGAAUGCCACCUCCUACCCUCCUAUGUGCUCCCAAAAUGCAGUUGCAGGACAACAACUCUCAGAUAUGUUCAACACCAGAAAGGAGAGCAUACCCCUUGAGUUUUCGGAAGAUUGUCUCUACCUGAAUAUUUACAGUCCUGCCGACUUGACAAAAAGCAGCCAACUGCCUGUGAUGGUGUGGAUCCAUGGAGGUGGAUUGGUGAUAGGUGGAGCAUCAACCUAUGAUGGACUGGCUCUCUCUGCCCAUGAAAACGUGGUGGUGGUGACCAUUCAAUACCGUCUGGGUAUCUGGGGAUUAUUUAGCACAGGUGAUGAACACAGCCGAGGAAACUGGGCUCUCUUGGACCAGCUGGCUGCCCUACGCUGGGUCCAGGAUAACAUUGCAAACUUUGGAGGGAACCCGGAUUCAGUGACCAUCUUUGGAGAGUCAGCAGGAGGUGCCAGUGUCUCUGUUCUUGUCUUAUCUCCUCUGGGCAAGAACCUCUUCCACAGAGCCAUUUCUGAGAGUGGUGUGAUCUUUACUACAAUCCUGGGCAAGAAGAAUGUCCAGGCUGUGAAUGAAAUAAUUGUUACUCUUUCUGGAUGUGAUAACACCUCAUCAGCUGCCAUGGUACAGUGCUUGCGCCAGAAGACAGAGGCUGAGCUCUUGGAGAUCACAGUGAAACUGGUACAAUACAAUGUCUCCCUGUCCACCGUGAUUGAUGGAGUGGUGCUUCCAAAGGCACCAGUAGAGAUUCUGGCCAAGAAGAGUUUCAACACUGUCCCCUACAUAGUUGGCAUUAACAAGCAAGAGUUUGGCUGGAUCAUUCCAACGAUGAUGGGAGAUCUACUCUCUGAAGGCAAAAUGGAUGAGAAAAUGGCCAGUUUCUUCUUGAAGAGGUUCCACCCUGAACUUAACAUCUCUGAGAGUGUGAUUCCAGCAGUCAUUGAGAAGUACUUAAGAGGAACAGAUGACCCUGACAAAAAGAGAGACCGUCUCCUGGACAUGUUUGGAGAUAUAUUUUUUGGUAUCCCAUCUGUACUCAUAUCCCGUUCCCUCAGAGAUGGCGGAGUGCCCAUCUACAUGUACGAGUUUCAGUAUCGCCCAAGCUUUGUGUCUGACAAGAGACCCCAGACACUUCAAGGAGAUCACGGCGAUGAAAUCUUCUCUGUAUUUGGGUCUCCAUUUCUAAAAGAGGGCGCCUCAGAAGAGGAGACCAACCUCAGCAAGAUGGUGAUGAAAUUCUGGGCCAACUUUGCUAGAAAUGGGGACCCUAAUGGAGAGGGGCUGCCACACUGGCCAGAGUAUGACCAGAAGGAAGGAUAUUUGCAGAUUGGUGCCACCACCCAGCAAGCCCAGAGACUGAAAGGGGAGGAAGUGGCUUUCUGGACUGAGCUCCUGGAUUAGAAUCCACCUCAGACAGAACAUUCUGAGCACACAGAACACAAAUGAAUGGGAGGCUUUGCCAGCCUCGGGACCAGAGGACCAAAGAUGGGGCAAUUCCGCAAAGGAUGGCUAUUCACCAAGGAUGGAUCUUACAGAGAAA